GAACAGGUCCCCCGCCCGCUCUUAUGCUCCCCCCCCGCACCGAAACUCAAAAGCUUGAGACACCGCUCAUCUUUUUUUGAGAAGUGAUAAAUUCUGAAACAGCUUUGCACUCCUGCAGAUGAGCCAAAAAAUUUUAUGGCUUUUUCUGAUACAUAGCCGUUUUUCUUGUGGUGUGUCCGUCCUCAAAUUAGAAUAUUAGUAGCACUACCUUCACUAGGUUGGGUUUGGGUAGUAGAACAUCAUCUCUAAAAUCUUAAAUAUGAAGAUCAUCCGCUUCUACUAGUAGACUGACUUUCAGAUGAUGAAGAAAAGGAAAAGGAACAUGAAGAGCUCUAGUACGCAGUUCGUUGCGAUCAAUGUCGCCCUCAGUUCGGCGUUGAAGAGAGGUCCUCACGUCGACUACGAAAGGGAAUAAGUAGACAAGCCGAGCAAAAACGACAAAGACAGGAUGGCAGCCGGGACGAGCUUGCUGAGCUUUGGGCUCGGUGGGAGGAACGGGAAGACCGACUCUGCCGUGUUGCAGGAGAAAACGAGACCCGACGCUGUUUUGCGUGACGACAGGCCUCGCUUGCGAAAGCAGAUAUGUCAAACGAAGAGAGUCAUUGUUCAUAUGGACUUAGACUGUUUCUAUGUUGCAGUGGAGCGGCGUUUGAAUCCGAUGCUGCGCUCGAAGCCCGUGGGCCUGUGUCAGUGGAGUCAACAGCACGCGUCGUACGAUAACGUGGACUGGAGACAAGAUCGCCUCCUGAAUCAUGGGUUAUGACGAUUGAUUAGUUAUUCAUGUUUUGGACUCUUGAAUUUGCAAAAAUGUGAAGAAUGUAGACCUGGAAUGCUGAGUCGUCUAGUCAUAUGCGUCACAAACAGCUGGUGAUGGUGUGUAUUGCAGUGGUUCUACACGAACCUAAGUCGUCCCUGUCAAUGCGGCCUGGCCGCGAAACAGCGAACCCUCAACCUUGAACCCUAGAUCUACUUAAGUAGAUAGAUAGUCAUAGUCGGCUGAGGUAUUUGUAUCUUUUUCUAAGCACCAGUGGAGUUCGAUCUGCAAAUGACAGCCGUUUUACUGCAGGCAAGAGCGGGAAGGGAGCAGGAGCAACAGGGUUCGAUUCUUCGAAAGGCGAACGCAAUUUUAGCAAACCUUCGAUCGCUACUGCCAAUAAAGGUCCCGGCGCGACGACUGCGCACAUAGGCGGUGGAGCUGGAACUUUCAGCGGCGGAGGAGGGUUUCGCGCGUCUGGUACGGGCCACAACGCUGGCAUCAUCGCCUUGAGCUACGAGGCGAAAGCCUGUGGUGUGAAGCGUGGAAUGUUUGUGCAGGACGCCUUACGAGUUUGCCCUGAUAUGCUCUUCGUUGGUAUUCCAACUCGAUUCGGCAAGGCGGACACGAGCUUUUAUCGCGACGCGGGUUCGGAAGUGAUGGAGGUGCUCAACGAAUUCGGUCCCGUGGAAAGAGUGAGUAUCGACGAAGCCUAUCUCGACCUCACCUCGCGAUCGGCCGAGGGAUUCAAUGCCUGGGUUGAACGCCGAGGAAGAGAUAUUCUACUGCAGCUGAGAGUAGCGUCGGCUUUGUUAAAGAUGGAACAAAGUAACGAUCACGAAAAUACAAGCAGAAUAAGGAGUGGACAGCAGGGUGAAGUGAAAGACCAUCAAGAAAGCCAUGAUAUCAUGGUAGAAGAGGCCAACAACCCUGAAAUAAAACAUGCUGAACAAACAGAUGCUAGUAAAGCUCAGGUGGAAUCGGAAGAGGCGAAGAUUCGCGUGACCUCGACAAUCUCAGGAGCUGAGAUACAGCACGGGCAUGAGGAGCAUAGAAACAAUAAAGCGUGUGAACACGAAAAGGAGGCGAUGAAGGGGUCAAGUCCCAGACUAGACGCGGCCACGGACCUUCCCAAGGUUGAUCUUGGCCUUGAAGAAAGCAAUGUUCUUCAUCCUUCUCAAUCCCAAUCGCAGCAUGUGUCUGAUUUUGGCGUCAAUCUUGGUGGAGAAUUGAAAUACCUACCAGUAGAAACCAGCGAAAUGGACAUUGAACUCGACGAGGAGAUUGACAACGAAAUUGCGCGAAUGCUGGAAAACGAUGAUAGUAUCGAGGUCGAUGUCGAUCCGCUUCCUAACAUGAGAACAAAGGCAAAUGUUGAACAGCGUGCUAGUGGAAAUAUACUACAGCUCGAUACUAUUCUCGAAGGCGAAGAAGAUGCCAUCGAGCAUGGCCCUGCAUCGCGAAAAGACCCACUACAAGAGGACGAUUUUCCAGUUUCAAACGGACAGUACGCAGCUGCGAGUGCCGACGAGAUGCGUAUGCGCGACAGUCUCGAGCAACGCAUUCGAAGCGAGAUUGCUCAAGUUGCGUUGCCGAUUGCUCUGGUCGACCGUGAAGAGCAAAAGCACGUUUUACAACAGCUCCGGAGUGAGCUCCAAGCGGAUCUUGACUUUUUUCGAACGAAAUGUCUGCCAGACACGGACCGCCUCACCAUCCAUGGCAAGCCUUUCUUCUCCGACAUGGUCUACGACAAGGCGGAUAAGGAGGCUGCGCCAGGCCUAGCCCUUCUAGCAAAUCCAGACAAGCACCUAGCAUUGGUAGCGUCGGAGAUGGAGAUGGGGAUGGGCGGUGCAGGCACGGGCUCGACGAACAAAAAAAACAAAUCCGAGGCAAUAACGGAGGAAGAAAAGUUGGGCCGUCGCCAGCAUGCCGCUCUUUUCUCAGAGUUGUUCGAGUUUUACUGCUUUGUUAACGCCACUCGCAUUUGCUACGUUAUCCAGGUGCGCGUGUGGAAAUCUCUAUCACUCUCGUGCAGUUUGGGAGUCGGAAACACCAAAUGCGUUUCCAAAAUCGCCUCUGGCAAGCACAAACCCUUUCGUCUUUCUGCCGUGUUUCCAUUGGGUGUGCCUGAGUUCCUGUCGCCACUGCAGAUCAGAGAUCUUCGUGGGUACGGCGCGAAGCUAGGAAAGGAUAUUUGCACCAAGUUGGGAGCCCAAACUGUAGGCGAAGUGCUCGCUACAAAACUGCGAUUGCUGGCAGAGAAACUUACUGCGACAAUUGCGGCACCACUAGCGGACGCGUGUCAUGGCAUUGAUGACAAUCCAGUGGAGCCGCGUCUCUUGUCCAAAAUCGUCGGCACCAGCAAGCGAUGGCACACACCGCAAUAUUAUGCACAGUGAGUCGUGAUCCAACUCGGAACUCCAUUCCCAACAUCACAAUCACCGUGAUGCUUUUCAUCUUUGCGAGCUCAUUGUAAUGUGUGUUACAACUCACUCAGUGCCUAGGCCUACGUCGUGUGACGAGAGGAUUACCUUUAUUCUCUAGCACUAGCUUUACAGGUUUAGCUGUUCUUGUAGACUUAUUUUAGCGCAGUUAAUAGCACGAAUGGCGCAUGGGACGAAUGGCAUGAAUGGCACACCCCAACAGACCCCAAAUGUGUCACGAAUGGCACGAAUGGCACAGGUUGACAGGGUUCCGCCAGCUGGCGCCCCUGGUCUCAUCCGCUUGCCGGGUAUGUAGGUCGUGCGUGACUGGUUCUGCCCAUGAGAGAAGCCACGCCGGUCGACAAAGCCGGCGGCGAGCGAGGAGAGGGAGGCGCGAGUCCCCGGCAGGCUCCUCUGCCGUUUUGAAGAUGGCAAGGGAGCGGGCUAGGGAAACAGCGGAAGCCGCUUCUGAGGAGUGCAGAACUUCACGCAAGGCGCCGCGUGGGCCUCGUUUUUUCCCGGAAUUCCGUGGGGGUCAUACAAAUUCGGACGAAUUUGCGUAACCCCCACGGAAUUCCGGGAAGAAAAUGCUGCGAGACCACCGGAGCGGCAUCAGGGUCCAGCUUAAAAACAGGCGUAGCCGCGUGCCUUGCGGUAGCCGUGACGACGAAGAAGGGAAGAGGUGGCGCCGAAGCAUGGCGCCCCGCCCGUAGCGGGGAGGCGGCCUUGGUAUCUAGUGGAACUGUGUAAGGGGUGUGCGUUUGGCUGAGUGCAGGGCUUGGCGCCUGCAGGGUUCUUGGCGGUCGGCAUAGAGCGUCGAGCAGGAAGUAGCAACCUAGUGGAGGGAGCAACGCAGGGCGCCCGAAGGGCGCCCCGCUCUCGAAGGUCUAUUUGGUCCACGAAUGGGACGAAUGGCGAGAUCGAUCGCGGUCACAGAUUGCGCCCCCCCCAUCCGUGCCAUUCGUGCCAUUCGAUCCAUGCCAUCCCAGACCUGGAACCCUUAUAAACUGCUCUAUUAUUUUCUACCUCUAAUAUUCUCUCGUGGACGAGAAUCUUCGAGGUUGGAUGCAGACGCUGUUGGCGGACUUCGCACAAAAAGCUGAGAAAGAGAAAACCGAGCACGGCCGUCAACCCUUGCAGGCUGUGGUGUCGUGGCGAGGCGCACAAGGCAACGAUAUGUCCAAGACUAUUCCUGUCGCAAAACUGACUCUAAAAUAUCUCACCAACGAGCUGCUGAAGAAUCGCGAUCCCUUCUUCAAUUUGGGGUUCACUGCACAGCGAUGGGUAUGCCUAGAAACUGGGGCGACAUUUCGCGACGAUUCGGGAGUUACGGUAUCCUUUCCUCAGAGACCGUGCCCACCGUUGGAGAACUUUUUUCGGCUACCGAAUGUAGUGCCAAGUCUGUCUAAUCGCGGGCAGGAGGGAAACGAAGUUGCUGGUAUUGGUAAUGGUGGUCCCAAAAACGACAACAAGAGAAAAAAGCAGGAGGAGAAACUUUCGACGAGUAGAACAAGUGUAUUGCAGGCGGUGGACAGCACGACAUUAUCAACAAGCGAAAGACUUGCGCUCGAGCCUCCCGAUUUCAAAUUGAAGUCUGAAACUGGUGCUGCGAACAGCGAGAGAAGUAAAAGCGAGCAUCUCGCACUCGAUGUCAACAUUCCAGAUAUUGAGGUGGCAGACCUUCAAGUUCGAGUUUCUGAUCCUGAAUCGGCCAGUGCUUCCGCUGUAGUUGUUCAUCUUCAAGAAGUAGAAGGCAAAAACAACGAAGACGUAAAGAACGGCAUUCCUCCUGUUGCAUCACGUGUUUCCGCACAGGACGACCGUGAGAAGAUGCAGUGUGCGAAUCGCGACGAAAAUGGGACAGAAUCAGAGGCAAAGGACCCGAUAUCGAAAGAAAAUGAUGGAAAUGAUUCUCACAAAUGUUCCGAGAAACUAAACAAGCCUUUUGUUCCUGCUUCUGGCGAUCCGGCUUCGGCUUCCAAACAAAACGCGCGCCAUCAGCUCCAACAGAGAACACGCUCUCCAUAUUUCUUGUUGGAGAGCGGUGGAAUGAAGGACGACCCUAUGAUCGUCCAGGAGGACCCAGAGAGGACUUCUAAUUGCAAAGAAAUAUCCAGGCAAUCGUCAACUGAUUCGAUCAUGGACGCUUUUUUUGAGGAAGAGAUCGCGAAGUCUGACGCAGCUCUCGAAACGGAAAUCCGAGAUCAACAAGAGACUGAGCAACUUCGUCAUAUUCUCGCACAAUCCGCGGAAGGGGAACAGCUGCAGCGCAACGUGAGAAACCAAGGCAAAGCCAUUGACAGAGUCCAGGGCGUUGAUAAGGCAAAUAAAAAACGGAAAAGUAGUAAGUCGCGAGGCGGGGGAGAAGGUAGCAGCUCUGGACCGUCCUCCAGCACAACGAGUCUUUGCGCCUACCAGCCAUCGUUAGUGUCCCUCUUGCAAAACGCUGAUGUAAUAAACACGAGAACACAAGACGAUCGUCCUUUGAGUCAACAGACCCUCGCUAAAGAUGGGAAUUCCAAUUUCAUUUCAAGGCCCACGACGGCAGACCAUACGCAUACGCUGCCUAGUAUGGCCUCGGCAUCGCUCCCUUCCGCUUUUUCCACCUUGACGGAGCCUAAAACUCGAAAAAACGAAACUAAAAGUUCAGCAGAGGCGCCCCACCCUAAGAAAAAACAGAAGCAGAACAAGCAGCCAAAAAUUGCUGAUGUCCUCGCGCGGGCCACGAGUAACCUAUCGUCUACAAGAGUACAACAGGACGGCGUCAUUGACAUCGACAGUGACUGAUGAUUAGAGUAAACAUGUGCGAUUGCGUUAUCCGUUGAAGAUGUUGAAUACUUGUUUAGAACCAAAAAAGAAAAACUGAUACUGAACUUCCUGAACGAAAAAAAAAGAACCCUCCUCGUUCCAUCGUAAGGCACUCUCUGACAGCCAGCUUGAAAUUAAUAGCUGAAACACAGAGCCUACUUAGCUGUUAUAAUGUGUUCGCUUUUCUGCGCGUUAGAGAGACGAAACGCCUUUCAAUUUGUUGAUUUAGUAGCUUGCUUUUGCC